CCUGCAUCCGAUCUCGGUCCGGCGGCAGCCCACGAGAAACACCAAAGCUAUGCACCUUCGGCAGACGAUAGCUAUCAUAGCUCUUCGGUCUGAGGCAUCCCACUAAAUGUCACCAUCUAGAGGGGCAAGUCUUCUUUUCUCCCAUUCACGGAUCUUGACACCGGCACCAAACAUCCACAAAUGGCAGCUUCGCUUCCAAUCUUCUCUCCACCAAAUCCCCAAUGCUGAAACGCAAAUCUACCUCUCAAGAAGCCAAUCACCGUACCUGAAUCUCUCCAUUGAACACCACCUCCUCACCAAAUCUCCAGCCGAGUCUACGAUUCUUUUCCUAUAUACAAACUCGCCCAGCAUCAUCAUUGGGAGAAAUCAAAACCCAUGGGUAGAAUGCAACCUAUCCCUCCUUCGAAGCAGUCCAUUAAAACCCGACCUCGUGCGAAGAAGAUCCGGCGGGGGAACAGUCUGGCACGAUGAAGGGAACAUGAACUACAGCGUUAUUUGUCCAACUUCCAAAUUCGAUCGAGAUAUACAUGCGCAGAUGGUGGUACGCGCCUUGCGCCGUCUUGCCGUGGAUGGUGUCUGGGUCAAUGAACGACAUGAUAUCGUCAUGGGUUCGUCCGUAGCAGCAAAGCCGUGGAAAGUCUCUGGUAGUGCAUACAAACUCACCAGACUACGGAGUGUACACCACGGCACCUGUUUGUUGAAUUCGCCAAAUUUAAAGGAUAUCGGGAAAUUCUUGAGAAGUCCCGGCAAACCAUAUAUCAAAGCCCGAGGGGUUGAUAGUGUCAGUUCUCCAAUAGCCAAUGUGGAAGUGCAGAAUGCGGAUUUCGAGGAUGCCGUGGUCAAGGAAUUUCAACAAAUGUACGGCCAUGUAGACCCCGUUUUAGUGGGCGAAGAGGAAGGAGACGUACCAGAGAUCAUGAAGGGACUAAAAGAGUUGAAGGUGUGUGACCAUACGUUUGCCCAUCAUCACAUAUUUUUACUAACAUUCAUCAGUCACGAGAUUGGAUAUAUGGGCAAACGCCUCAAUUCCAUUUCUCAUAUCCAACCCACCCGUCAUCAGAAGCAUUUGAAGAAGUUGUAGGUUCACCUUACUAUGCCUCAUUCAGAACUUGGUCUUGAUAUUUCUAGGGACCAACCGUGUCUGAAAACCUAACUCCCUUCAACCUUUCAUUUAUUGCUCGCAAUGCAGCCAUAAACUCUGCUUGUUUGAGUCAGCGACCAACGUCAACGCAGCGUACAUCAUCGCUAGGAAAUGUGAAGGUGCAUGAGAUUGAGGAUUGGUCUCAAUAUGUUCUUCCAUCGAGAGAUGGGACUUUGGUUGACGCAAAAUCACGAACAACAGAGGAACACGAAACUUUCGUGAAAGACCUGAAUCGAAUAUUUGGAGUGGCCCUAGUAGGCUGAUGUACGAUAUAAGAUGAGUUUGAAAGAUAUCUGUACCUCUGUACCACCAUGUGGUAGUCAGACUGGUAUCAUUAUUAUGGUACAACUCGGACUCGGCCUACAGAACAUGUUAAUUUCAUGUUUGUUACAGGCCAGACCGAGAUGACUACAUUUUCAAUACCACUCAACAACUGGUGCUGGAACAUGUGAGCAAUUGCAUGGUUGCAGUAUCGGUUACAGCAAGAUUGAUCACUGUAAGCAAGUAUUUGAGUCCCUCAUCUAUACUUAUCGCUCUCGUUGUCCCACUUCCUUCCGGUCCAUGCGUUUACAAUGUGCUCAGCGGACAAUGUCGAUCUCCGAUUACGAAGUACAUCGUGGGUUCAAAAUAGACUUUCUUGUUUAAGAACUCCACAUUCUUCUUAUUCCGUUUUGACUAAAUCUUGUUUCCACAGCUCUGAUCUGACCAAAAUGUGUUCGAUUUUCUCAUCGUCAGCCGUUUUGUUUGCAGUUGUUUUUAUCACAUAUCUGAUCUUCCAUCGAUGAAACACUAUUUCAGCGGAGACGUUACCAGCCAUCAACAAUGCAUAUGUCAAAUAUCUUGGCGGCGCACCUCGUCUUCCCCAUUCUUUGGCUUGGGAAAUUUUCCUUGCUAGUCCUCGCUUAUUGGUCGUACUCG